UCUCUCCUCUUCUUUUUCUUCCUUCCUUUUACUCGCUCGCUCGCUCGCUGGGUGUUCGUCCAUUUGCCCCCAAGCCGGAGCUGCGCGAGCAGCAGCAGCAGGAGAGAGAGAGAGAGAGAAUGGGCGACCGGGCGUACGUGCCGGCAUCGAAGCCGGUGCCGGUGGCGGCGGCGCGGGCGGCGAACGGGGUGGCGAACGGAGGCGGAGGAGGGGUUGGGGGUGGGGGAGGGGGAGGGGCGGCGCGGCCGCCGCCCAUGGUGCCAGGGCGCGUGCCCCCGCCGCCGAUGUACAGGCCGAAGCCGAUGCAAGCGCCGGCGAGGCGGAGGCGGAGCCGGCGCGGGUGGUGCUGCGCGUGCUGCCUGUGGAUGACGCUGGUGGUGGUGGGGCUGGUGUUCCUGGGCGCCAUCGCGGCGGGGGUGUUCUACGUGGCGUACCACCCGCAGCUCCCCACCUUCGCCGUCACGUCCCUCCGCCUCGCCGCGCUCAACGUGUCCGACUCCGACGCCGUCACCUCCCGCAUCGAGUUCACCGUCACCGCCCGCAACCCCAACGACAAGAUCGCCUUCGCGUACGGCGACAUCGCGGCCGCGUUCGCCGCGGACGGCGCCGACGUCGGCGACGGCACGGUCCCGGGGUUCGUCCACCCCGCCGGCAACACCACCGUCAUCAAGGGCGACGCCUCCGCCGCCGCCGCCACCGUGGACCCGCUGGUGGCGAACGGCCUCAGAUCCAGGAAGUCGCACGCCAUGUCGGUGGAGAUGGACUCCAAGGUUGGGUUCCAGAUCGGCCGCUUCAAGUCCAAGCGCAUCAACGUCCGCGUCCUCUGCGCCGGCUUCACCGCCGCCCUCGCCAAGAACACCCCCUCCGCUCCACCGAUCGUCGUCGCCGCCGCCCCGUCGCCGGUGAGGUCGGUCGUCAAGGCCUCCUCCUCCUCCUCGAGCACGACGGACGCCAAGUGUAAGCUCCGGGUCAAGAUCUGGAUUUGGACAUUUUGACGGAUUUGACGGUAGAGAAGACUUCCUUCUUCCUUCUUCUUCUUGUUUUUUCCCUCUCUCAAUUUUUCAACCUUUUUUUCUCUCUCUCACAGUGUAUGUGGAUUUAUUGGAGUAUAGUUUAUAUGAUUUUCUUUUACUCA